AGCGCGCCUCUGAAUGCAACAGCUGCAUAGUGAGUGAGAUUUGCAAACAUUGAAAGCGAGCUUUUUGGCCAGCGAACAAUUGGCUAACGCAGCUACUGACAAUACAACUUAUUAUCCGGAUAAGUUAUCUGUCUACAAGUCCGACACGAGUGUCGUUAUGUAUAUAUUCAAAUAACUUGACUUAAUAGAUUGAGAAUACCUGACGAGUGGACAUAUUGGUAGGUAUUGGUUCUGCCUGCCAGGACAUAAUUCCUUUGUGUGAAUCACAAGAUAUCUGAAGAGAUUUAACGUGUAAACACCUUCUGGUGACAAGCCCUAACUGUUUUGCGUGGUUCAAUCAUGAAACUAGCCGAGGAUCCACUUUUUGAAGGUUUGUUUGAAAUCUGAUUGUUGAGUCUGUUUUGGAAAAGGAAUUGUGCGACUGGGUUUUCCAAGAAUCGCAUUCCAUGAGAGUGCCUCGCAGAGCCUCUAGCCUCGGUACAUAUUUUGCGAAGGUGUUGAGUAAGGAUUGUCAUUGCCAUGCCCACACACCCAUUGAUUCCACACGUGGAGAGUCCUGACGGGCUAGGCCAUGACAUCCUCAACCACAGCAGUGCCACUAUGCCCAGCUCUGGCUCCAGCUCCAGUAUAACAGCCCAUGUGAGCCUGGCCGAGAAGGUUGAAAUGCAGCUGGCAGUGCCGGUGCCAGGCAGCUCACCUCUGGCCUGCAUGUUCUGCGAGGAGACGUUCGAGCAGGAAGAUGAGCUCGGGCCGCACCUCCAUUCCCAGCACCCCACCACAUUUCACGCUCCAGCCGUGCUCCGUGUGGAGGCCGAGUUCUUAACACCCAGCGAGAGGAUUCGUUCCAAAGUGUGCCAGAACGAGUCAAAUGAGGAGCUGAGCUGUGAUGUAUGUGGCCAAGCCACCGAAAAUAUCACUGCGCUUGAGGCUCACAUGCGGAAGCACAAGGACUCCUUCAUUUACUCCUGCGGCCUGUGUGGUAGGCGCUUCAAGGAGCCCUGGUUCCUCAAGAAUCACAUGAGGACCCAUGGCAAAUCCAGAUCCGCCAAGGGCCAGGACGCCGAGGUGCCCAUUACCGUCAACGGCGUCGUCCAAGAUCGACCAGCAUCGCCUGUGAUGACGACUUACAAAAUGUGCAUGGUCUGCGGGUUUUUCUUCCUUAACAAGGAGGUGCUAGCGGAGCACAGCAAAGUGCACAACCGAGAGCCGGAAGCCGAGGAAAACGUGUGCGAUAAGAGCCAGCUGAAUCCCGAGGUGCCGGUCUCUCAAGAAUGCUUUCUUCAGUGUGUCAGUUUACAGAGAACAUCUCAGUACGCUGAGCAAAAAUGCCAACCUGGCCGCUGGAUCUCACAGCUGGAUCCGUUCAAUACUUACCAGGCCUGGCAGUUGGCAACCAAAGGCAAGAUUGCUGCUGGCCCAAACCUGAGCAAAGAGCUCAAUCCCGACUCCAAUUCCGACAACGAGGAGUCCGGUUCAGACAAAGAGGAGCUCGGUUCUAUCUGGGACUCUAGCGGCGGGGAUAAACUGGUAAGACGGGGCCUGAGGAGUGAGCUAAAAGCCAAACUUGGUGGUGGCGAUCUGUCAGAGCAGAAGAGUCUGAGUCUGCGUAAAGACAAGCCCACGGACUGCGAGGAGUGCGGCAAAACGUUCAGAACCUAUCAUCAGCUGGUUCUGCACUCUAGAGUUCACAAAAGAGAGAGAGGAGGAGCCGAGAGCCCCACCACACCCGUAGAUGGGAGGACUCCAAGCGUCAGCUCUGCCGGGAGUCCGUCACUGGAUAGAGCGGAAGACGGCUCUGAGGACGGCUAUGAAGAAGGUGUGUCUGCUGAAGCAUUUCAGACAGAUAAAAUUGAAGAAGGCUCACACAAAAUGAAACUGAAAAUUCUUGCUCCAAGGAAGUGUUGUUACUGUGGCAAGACUUUCCGCUCUAACUAUUACCUCAAUAUUCAUCUCAGGACACACACAGGUGAAAAACCUUACAAAUGUGAAUACUGUGACUAUGCUGCAGCUCAGAAGACCUCUCUGAGGUAUCACCUGGAUCGACGUCACAAAGACAAGCCUUAUACUGAGAUCCCCAACAUUCCAGUGACAGCACCUGCUGCUAACAGCACCAAGGGUAACGAGUCUCCUAACAACAUGGAUGACAAGCCGGCCUCCAAACCAGCUAAACAAUGGCUCGCCCCCAGCGUUGUGGGUGCAAGCGUGAAACAUGAAGCAGUACCCAGCCGAGCAGGCAUUCCCAUCUCCAGUCCCGUCACCCUCAUCAAAGAGGAGUGUACCAACAUGGCCGCCACGACUCCUUACACUCCUCCUGAUGAGCCGCACGCUAACGGCGCUUUCCCAAUCAACCUGAAGGCAGAGGGAAAAGAAGCAUCUGAGGCACCACUAAACCUCUCCCUCAAAGCAUCUUUGUCUUUAGCUGCUACCUCCGUACCUAGGAAUAUGUUACUGACCAACACCUGCACUUCCUGUCCAUAUGAAACCCUCUAUCCUGAAGUCCUGCUCAUGCACAGGAAGCUUAUACAUAAGGAAAAGUCUGAUGCCAAAAAGAAUUCCUACCGACCCCCGCCGAAGCUCAAACGCCAUACCGGGUGUCCCCCAGCACUCGAAGGAAAAGACGUGGCCCCGUUAGCUAACGUCAGCCGAAAGCAUCCUCGCCGGACCAAAUCCCCAACACCCCACCCUGGAAAAUCUUCCAGACCUACUCAGAACGCGUACAGGACUGGUACAAAGAAGCCAGAGAUUUCUAAGGUAUCCCCUGCAAAAGAGACCUGGUCAGAGCAGCAGAAGCCAACCCAGAGGUUCAGGGCUGCAGAAUCUGUUGUAAGCGUCCAAGCCAGGUUUCCAGAAUCAGUGGCUGAAACCAACAGGAAGUUGAACCCUCCUGCAGUCUCGCAGAAGCCCGCUCCUGUUACAAACGGCGUCCUGUGGACCUCGGAACCGAACCGGCUGUGUCUGUCCGAUAGAUUCAGGAACCUGACACAAACUGACUUGGGUGAACCCUCCAGCAAGAGGUCGAGACCUUCCGAGCCUCUGCAGAGUACAGGGAGAAUCGCAGAGCUGUCCUCGGACAGGAACGUGAAAAACUACCUGCCCUUGGCUUCCACUCGUGUGGCACCCUCAGGAUCAGGGAGUAGCAUGGACGCUGACUGGAAUGUAAUCAACCUGCUACGCACGUACGCACCCAGCGAGCUAGCAUCGCUGUACCAACCUGCUAUCCCAGGCUCUAGCCAUGCUUUGACUGGAAAUUCACCUGCUGCUGGGAGUCGGCCUCGGUCCUUCUCACAUUACCCCGGUAACAUCAUUCAGCGGAGAAGCCACCCCAACCCUCCUGACUCCACCUCUUAGAAAAUGGUUUGAACUAUUUGGACAAAACCAACCAAGGGAUCUUUGACUGGAAGAAAAGUUUACUCCUGACACUACUUCUAGAGCCAGACAUGUGACCAAGAUGUGAUAUUAAUGCUGCAUGGGGGGUUUAAUUUCUUUAUCUCGACCUUGGUUACGAGGCAGAGUGAACUCAGAACUGGGCCUUGAACAGUGUUGCGUUUUACACAUCAUAACGUUCCAGUAUAUCAACAGCGUACAGAUGCGGUAUUGCACUUAACGCGACACACAACAUAUCAUGCACUCCUGUUUACUGUAAAAAAAAAAAUAAAAAAAAAAGUGCGACAUGUUCUCAAAUCAAAUGCUUGUGGGGGCAGAGCUUUGAUUUGCCCACAACAUUACAUCUAAUAAGUGCCUCUUCUACUUGAUCGAAAUGCUGUUACACAAAGGUAGGAUAGACCAAAUAAACUUGACCCACGUUUGGUUCAGAGAUAUAAACUAUAUUUUGUAAAUGUUAUGACAUUUCUAUUAAGGCUGUGCUGAAAAAGGGUUGACUUUUUGCCAUGCAGCUUCUGGUGGUUUUUUGAUAUUGCAAUUUAAAAACGUUUCAGUUUUCCCCCCAAUUGUGCAAAUGAAAGCUGCUGUUUUUGUUUUGUCGUUGUUUGUUUAUUUUCUGUCUCAAAACUGAGAGACGCAAAAUAGCGGUGAUGUACUGUGUACUUUCUUUGUAUGGGGACUUUGCUCGAAACCUCUCACUGUGACGCGCAGACUCGGCAUCCUCAGGUCUGACGGACGACAGAACUGUGAUCGGACUCUCUGAGGAGGGCUUCCUUUGGGUUGACGUUACAUUUUUCACACACUUUGAUUUAGAUCUCUUUCAUUUGGUCAAGGAUAUAUAUUUAUUUUUCUAGCAAAUGUCCUGCUCUGUCUGGUUUGUAGUCAUAUGUGUGUGGAAAAGAUUAUGGCAUUCUACUUUGUUCUCUGAGCCUGCGAUAGCAGCUUAUUUACUGUGACCAACUUGUGUUAUGGUCUGCUUUUCAGAAACUACCUUAUCCAUCUACCCUACAGUUGCGCCGUUUCCUAGCACCAGAAUGUUAAUUUAUUUGCCGAUAUUUAGUGAGCAUCGAUAAACUUGAACUCCCCCCCCCCCUUUUUUCCUUUUUAUUUUUCACUUGAUAGACCACCUCUUUUUUCCCACCAUUCUGUUAAACUGGGAGUAAAGCCUGCUGUCGAUGUUUAUCAUACUGUCCACUAACUUGUGGCUCAAAUUGAGUAAUAUUUGUCUGUGUAGAUUGAGUGUUUGUUUAACCUCUGAUGUCUUUCAGUAUUGGAUUCUCUCAGUGUUUGUUUAAUAUUGUUUUUGCUUAGCUAAGAUGAAUACAUCAUUCAUAAUGCGCCAUAUGUAAAUAUGUGUGUUUUUGAUUUAUCAGCCCUCCAUUGUUUAUUUUUAUUCUUCUGCACUUUCACUACUAGAAUAUAUAUAUAUUGUUUUGUACGGUCAGUUGGAGCAUUUUUGCCCUCUUCCUGUUCUGGGAACACCAUGCACUGAGCAGAGCAGUGUAAAUGCAAUGAACUGUCCAGAAUUUCUACAGACUACAGUUCCACAGGAAAACACAUACAUGAUGCGAACAAAACAGCAACGAUUUCAGCUCUGUCGUUCAGUACGUUCUGAUCGCUCCCAUUAUUCUAUACCUUUGUACCCAUGCUCUCCUGAGACUUAAGAGUGUAUUUCCAACUGUUCAGUUGCAGAAUAAAGCAAUGGUUUGUG